GGAUUCUGAUCCUCUACAAUUUUUUGCCACAUAUUUUUGAUGUGUCAUGAGGUUUCUUUAUCCAAAACAAAGCUUAAUUUGCUUUAAUCAAAAUCAAUUCUACAUAAUUUCUAAAAGUAUAAUAUUGUGAAAAUGAAGGGGUAAUAUUUAGUCACACACAAAAAUAGCUUCAACCACAAAAAGGGUUUUAUUUUUCCUUGUUUAUUGAUGAGGUGUUAGACUGUUAAUAGUGUUUGUUAAUGUUUCCAAGUUCCAACUGUGUAUAAAUAUAAAUACCGCUUCUCUUCCCCUUAUUUUUCUCCCUAAACCCUCAACAGAGCAUCUGUCCCCUAAGCCUCCCAUUCUCUUUUUAAGUUUCUUUGUUUGAAAUCUGAAAGGGGAAAGAAAGAAUGGGUGAGAAGCCAAAAUCUGGAGGUGUUUGGCCUACUGUUAAGCCCUUUGUUAAUGGAGGGUCUUCUGGUAUGCUUGCUACCUGUGUUAUUCAGCCCAUUGAUAUGAUUAAGGUGAGGAUACAAUUGGGUCAGGGAUCAGCUGCUGAGGUUACCAAGAACAUGCUUAAAAAUGAAGGCUUUGGUGCCUUUUACAAGGGUCUUUCAGCUGGGCUUCUUAGGCAGGCAACCUACACAACAGCCCGACUUGGGUCAUUCAGUAUUUUGACAAAAAAGGCCGUUGAGGCUAAUGAAGGGAAGCCCUUACCUCUGUACCAAAAGGCUUUGUGUGGUCUGACUGCUGGAGCAAUUGGUGCAACGGUUGGCAGUCCAGCAGAUUUGGCCCUCAUUCGGAUGCAAGCUGAUGCUACCUUGCCUGCAGCACAGAGACGCAAUUACACAAAUGCAUUCCAUGCACUCUCCCGUAUUGCGGCUGAUGAAGGAAUUCUAGCCCUCUGGAAAGGUGCUGGCCCCACAGUAGUAAGGGCAAUGGCGUUGAACAUGGGGAUGCUUGCCUCUUAUGAUCAGAGUGUGGAGUUCUUCAGGGACAACCUUGGCAUGGGCGAAGCUGCUACAGUAGUAGGCGCGAGCAGUGUCUCUGGAUUCUUCGCUUCUGCUUGCAGUUUACCAUUUGAUUACGUGAAGACUCAGAUUCAGAAAAUGCAGCCAGACGCUGAAGGAAAAUUGCCCUACUCAGGUUCCUUUGAUUGCGCCAUGAAGACUUUGAAGGCGGGAGGACCCUUCAAAUUCUACACUGGAUUUCCAGUAUACUGUGUUAGGAUUGCCCCUCAUGUUAUGAUGACUUGGAUUUUCCUUAACCAAAUUAAGAAGGUGGAGGAGAAAAUCGGAUUGUGAUUGUUGCAAAAGAGAUAACAUCAUCCUCUCGGAGUUGAGCUAUAUUAGAAAUAACAUCUUCGCCUUGUUGUAUUAGUACUGUUUACGCUCUUUCUUUACUUUGUGAUUGAUACAUUGACUCUGCGGAAGGAAAUUUAGGUUAGGCAUUUGGUCUAUUCAAUACUCCUACCAAUUUAGUUUUGGAAAAUUUGAUGGAAAGAUUCUUUUAGCUGAAUAAUCUAUGUACUUCAAAAACUAUCUUGAAGUAGGUGUUCUGGAAUUCUACACCAGUUUUGGCUUGCCA